UUGCUGCACGGAAAGCCCGCUAUGUCAGAUUAUUUUAGACAAAUGCAGAGAAUUUAAACUCUUGGCAAAUACGUCCCGUUAAUGUAUUUUUUUCUAUUAAAACAUCUGAAUAGGAGAAUACAUUCAAAAGGUGAAAGGGGAAUUUGACGACACCCAGUGGUCUCUGGAAGCUUCGCGAUCCCGGAAGAACACGAGCAGAGGCGAGGGGAUGGAGGUCGACUGCCAGCCGGAGGAGUCCAUGGUCUCCGCCUUCGGCGAGGACUGCGCGGAGCUGGUGGAGGUCAAGGACAUGCGGUUGGAGGCGGAGGCGGUGGUCAACGACGUCCUCUUCGCCGUGGCCGAGAUGUACGUCUCCCAGAGCCUGGGCGGCGCGUCGGACGUGGCCUACAUCAACGUGGAGACGAGGGAAGGGAACCGGUACUGCCUGGAGCUCACAGAGGCCGGACUGAGGGUGGUGGGCUACGCCUUCGACCAGGUGGACGAGGACCUGAGCUCCCAGUACCACGAGACGGUCUACUCGCUGCUGGACACGCUCAGCCCGGGCUACAGGGAAGCCUUCGGCAACGCGCUGCUGCAGCGGCUGGAGAGGCUGAAGCAGAACGGACAGUGAGGGGCCUCGGCCCGGGGGAGGGGUUCCAGCUCCGAUGCUCUCGCCCGUCGUGUGACGCCCGCCUCGCCGCCACCGCCGUCCUGACCUCCACCUCCAUCUCUGCUGCGGACCCGCCGUGUGCAAAACUGUGUUGUUGACAUUCGCUGCGGAGCGAUCUUCCAGUUUCUACGUGGUAAAGAUUCUUUGUAACGGCGCACAUUGUUCCAGAGUCGUGUACCUUUUUGUAUUUAUCCAGAUAGGAGGCAGAAGGUGGCGUUGUUAGAGAUCCUGCCGGCUCUGAAGCCGCGACCCGACCUCCGAUAGCUGCUCACGUGUUACCGGCUUUAUUUGGCAGGCAGGAAGAGCCCAAGCCGUCGCGCUUUUCAUGUUUCUACUGCUUUGUUCACUAAGAAACGUUCCAACACUGACUCUUUUUGUAAGAGGAUUCUGUGGGUCUGAUCGUCCACAUGGAGAAGUAGGUCAAAACAUUUGAUUACCUGGUAUUAGUUUUUGUUUUUCUCUGCACAGUAUGUUGCAUCUCGAGCUUUUAUAUCAAAUAUAGCAGUGAAAGUGGGAAAAAAACUCUAUUUUUUGUGCAAGUUUUGCUCUUUUAGUCAAAAUGCACAGCGUCCUGUUGAUAUCCAGUGAACUUCUGAAGCUGCUCCCGUCCCGGUUUGCUGUUUGUGUGACCUGGUUCUGGUUCUACUGCAGUGUGAUGAAACCGACCUGCAGAUAACUCACUCCCUCUCUGCACUCAUGCUCAUUCUACCUGCUGCUGGCCUUUGCUCAAACCAAUAAACUCUCAGAAGUG